UCUUCCGCUUGCAGUGUUUUGAUUCAUUAUUUCGUUUCUGUUAUAUAUUACCUUUACUGGAUAUCGUGCGAGGUUUACUAGGACGUUUUGUAGCGGACAGUUCCCCGUCUGGCACACUGUAACUUCGGAAUGGGCGUAAUUUGGAUAAAUAUUUCGAUGGUUCUGCAUUGCUGAAACGCCAUGAUUCUGGACUCGGAUCUUUGAGCGUGCUGUUGAAUACGCGUGUCAGAAGAGAAAGAGCGACAGUACACACUGAUACGCUAUACGUUUACAGGUCACGAUGGAGUCUAUAAAGAGGAGACUCAGUUUUCGGAAAAAGAAACCACAUGUUCCAGAAUGUUCAAAACCUCACCAAUGGCAGGAAGAUGAAAAGAAGGUGCGCGAUGGCACAUGCAGCUUUCAAGUUAGGUACCUAGGUUGCCUUGAAGUGUUUGAGUCACGUGGAAUGCAAGUAUGCGAAGAGGCUGUGAAAACAUUAAAAUCACAAUGUCGAGGGAAGUAUCAGCGCGCUAUCCUCUAUGUUUCUGGUGAUGCUCUUAGAGUAGUGGACGAGAUCAGCAAGAGCAUGAUUGUGGAUCAGACGAUAGAGAAAGUGUCGUUCUGUGCACCUGAUCGCAAUCAUGAAAAAGGCUUCGCUUACAUUUGUCGUGACGGCACCACUAGACGAUGGAUGUGCCACGGUUUUCUUGCCGUGAAAGAAUCCGUAAGUGGGGAGCGACUAAGCCAUGCUGUGGGAUGUGCCUUUGCAAUAUGCCUGGAGAGGAAACAGAAACGAGACAAAGAGGUGACAACCAGUGUGACAGUGACCUACAGUCAGGAUCGUACAAGCUUCACACGGAUGGGCUCUUUCAGGCAGACUUCGCUGACCGAGAGGAUUACAGACCCUCAGAGUGCCAUUAUAGCAGAGCCUGUCCCAGUGAAGAAGGUAGACAACCCGUUUGCUGUACAGAGACCUCGGGCUACACCCAACAUGCUGCAAAGGCAGGGCUCAUUCAGGGGCUUUGAAAAUUUACAGGCAGAGUCAUCCCCCUUUAAACGCUCUGUUUCUUUACGACUGAAUGACUUGCCAUCAACACUACAGCGACAGAAUGCUGUAUAUGACACAUCACCACCUAAAUCAUCUAAUACAGGUAUAACUGGGCCAAUACAAGAGAUGUCGCCUACUAAGGAGGAGGAGGACUCUAUCUCCCAAAUGUGUCAGCAACUCACACGAGGGUUGUCUGCCCUUACUACUGAGGAUCCAUUCGCAGCGGCGCCAUCGUCAUCAUUCCAAAACCAACAAGCACCUCAGCCCACUCAAGCCAGCAAUGUUCACCAACAGGCCAGCUCUAUUCCAUCGUCAUCAGCCCAGCAAUCAUUCACAAUGGCAGGCCAGUCUCCAGGUAUGUUUGCCCAGCAAGCAGGUGUUCCAGUUCAGCAGACCAAUCCUUGGGCGUCACAGCCGCACCCAGCUGCCAGUAGAGUGCCAAACCAGACAGCAGAUUUGUGGCCUCCUACAUCUACAAACCCAUUUGCUGGAGCACCUGUUGUCAAUGGCGUGCCUUCCGCCUCUAGUAGGUUCCCCCAGCCCCCACCUCGCACUUUGAACCAGCCCCAUCCCCAUAUCCAACACACUCGAAGUCAUUCCAUAGACACUGGUGAACUGUCAGCCGGUCACAACUGGGCCACACAGCACCAACAAAAACCUACACUUUUAGAAAUGUCUGCCCAUCAGAGGAGCUUUCAACAUAAUGGAAGCCCAUGGUCGAACUCUGGGGCUGUGGCAGCCACCUCUUCAUCUACGACGCAAGGUGGAAAGGACGUUGUUGACCCUUUUGAUGUAGCGUGGGCAGCAAAAGCUGGUAAACAGCAUAACCCGUUUGCACCUUCAAAUACAAAAGCAUUUGAGGUGAAGUUAUAGGACAUUUCAUAGUGUGUCUAGGAAAAAUUACCAAAAUGUGAUAUAGAUAUUGUGUAUCACUAUGUGGGAAAUAUUCAGAGUGAUAAACACUGUGAAUUGCUGCAAGUAGACAGUGUAUACAUACAUCCGUACCAAGAUUACAGGGCAGGCCUUCAGGACAGGGAACAUGCCGGGGACUCUGCCUGGGUAGGUCUAUACCUGGUGAGGAUGUCAUCUGGAAGCACACUGAGAUGCGAUAUGAUUUGAAAGUGCUGUAAUAAGAGGGACAAAUAUUCAUAAAAAGCAGACUUUAUAUUCAUUGUGAAUUUAGUAUAUUUACUGUAUAGACAGACGACAAAACACCUAUUCAUUCAUCGUCAUCUUUAUUUGGGACUUUAUAAUCAGAGAUCCUAUGAUAAAGAAAUCAGAUGUAAAAGAAAUUAAUUUUCAGUUCUCAAGAAAUUUAGUGAGAAAUAUGGUUCAGUGAGGAAAUGAUUUCAGAAAGAAAAAGAAAUUUUAUCUGAAGUUAAAAUAAAGAAAAUACGUCAUUCAAUGUUAGUGGUUUUGAAUGUUUAAAACAGUUCGUCAAAUUGUAAUGAAUUAAUUGAUCUAAAGGCCCUUUACCAUGUUGUACCAUUUCCGAUGUGACCAUGCUUUAGGUUUGCUUGUUGGCCUUUGAAGGUCAGAUUCGCUGCUGCAUUUUUGUCUGUCAAGCUAAUUUAAGAGAAGAAAUAAAAUCCAUUUAUCAUUUAAAUCAUUGAAACGAUCCUCAUGAUUGUCGUCAAUGUCAUCAUCCUCCUCAUCAUCAUCAUCAUAGCAGAUAAGUCUGUACUAGCUUAUUGAUAGCGUUGUGAUCAUGUAUUACAGAUGGAAUCAUAAUAUCAGCACUGAAAACUGAUCAGGUAUCAUAUCGCUUUUUAUCAAGGUUUGUGUUGAAUAUGAGUUCUUUGUAGCACUCAUUUACAUUCAUAUUUUAAACUGUUUAUAUAAAUAUAUAUAUGUUAUAUAUACUAGUUGUGUACCAUUAUAUAGUAGUUACAAAUUAAACCUUUCAAAAUACUGUGAUUAGCAGCAGGCUGCCAGGGUAGUCUCCCUUGAAUGCAUUGGAAUUACAUAGAUGGGAGGUCACAUUCGAACUGUUUCAAAAACUUUCAAAUAGUUAACAACUUUAUAUUGAGAUUUAUCACUGAAAUUUUAUGAUGUUUUUAAAAAUAUUUGUAAUUCAAUGACUUUUACUUCUGCUAUGAAUUAAAAUUAAUUGAUUUUAAUAUGAAUUUUUUUCUUUUUUCAAUUAUCUUUACAAUUUUAGCAGUGAUUUUCUCGAAAAAAUUAACUUGGGGACACUAAAAAGGUUUUUAUUCUUCCAAUUCUUUUAACUGUAGCAGUAGGUUGUUUGAGACUUACAUGAAGCUUGUGUUCGAUUUUUCUACCUUAGUUUCAGUGGCUGACGUAUUUGGUGUAUUACAUUAUAUUCUUGAUUCACUGAUGAGUCUUCAUUGCUAUCGAUUUUGAAUUUGUUACUAAAUUGUUAACAUGGCUUCCAUUUUUACUUUACUGAUAACUUGUGAUAAUUUGGUCUUUUGGAGUCAACAUUUAAACAAAUAGAAAUUUUCUGAAUUUCAAUAAUGAAAAUGAAACUGUUCAUACGUUGGUUUGAAAGGUUGUGAAAAAUUGCCUCCCCUUUAGGAAUUUUUUAAUUGGGCAGUGUAAAUCAUCCAUAUCUACAUAAUAUUAAUUGGAGAUGACUGUGUUUAACUGGACAUAAAUUUACGAAUGUUGUGAUGGGAUGUUGGUCACAAAGAUACACUUUAAUAUGUUUAAAUACUAUGUGAUCUAGAAACGUACCGGUACAUCAUCAUCUUAUAUCUUCAUCACUUACAGAUUACUAAUGUAGAAAAUUCUGUAAGGUCACUGUUUGUGAAUCUGAUUUUAUCUAUACUGAUUUCUUUUUGUAAAAAAUAAGGUUGUUUCUUUUUAACGUGUACUCAAAAAAUAGUAAAAUGAUUCAGCGAUGAAAUUAGAUAAAUUUUAUCACCAAUGAUUGUCUUAUUAUAUACUUCAAUUUUUUAAUUACCUUAUACUAAGUUACGUCCAGUCUUACAAAAGGACUAAUAUAGAAGUAUUUUGUACUGUUAUUCAACUUUACGUUAUUAAAACUCAAAUCCUAAGUUGAUAUGUACAUUUGAGAUUUUUUGCUCUGCACACAUACACCCUAUUUAUAUAAGUACAUGUAUAUAAUUAUCAAAGUACUAGCAAGUAUAUUGUGUCUAGAAAAGUGAAUGUGAUGGUGAUUCAGGGGGCCAUUUGUGUUGAGCACUUUAAAUUAUUGAACAGGGUUCUGAUUAUGUAUACUGAAACUAGAGGAAAGUAGAAAUAUUUUCCCUACAAUUUCAUGACAACCAGACACAGGAAGACCAACUGUUAACAUGCCUUUCAUAUGGAGACAAUUAUUUUUCUAAUGCUGUUGAUGUAUAUUAUUUUCUAAAAUUCAAAACAUUUCAUUAAUCUGCUUUGCUUUCAGGGAAAUUUAGAAAAAAGAUGUAAAAAAUCAAAUUUCUUUACAAAUUUUUUAAUGAAAGUUUCAAUUAUGAUAAUUUGUAACAUUUCACUUUUUUCUAUGGAAAUGAGUUUGUGAUCAAAUCUUUUUUUAGUAUUAAGAUUUAAAUCAAAGUGAUAUGUAACACAAACACAUUAACAAUACACUAUUUGCUUAAUUUGCUAAAUAUUUGUUUGAAGGUUUAGCUAUAACAUUCAGUGUGAUUGGCACAGAGUUGUUCUCAAUAUACAGUCUAAAUUUCAUGGUGUUAUCACAUGAUGUCUGGUUCAUUCAUGAAAUGGUGCCCACUAUCAGUUUAAAUCAGAAAUAAGGUUAAGAAAACAUGUACAUGAAAGCAUGAAGAAUAAAAUCCUCUAUAAAAUGUCUUGUCUAUGAUCAACACAAGUGCCAAAAUUUGUUCUUUUAAACAUUUUAAAAAGAAAAAUGUUUAUAUCGAUUUAGUUUUUAAGUUUUUAACUGAAACAUCAUGUCACCCACAUGUAUACUUGUAUAUCAGAUUAAAGACAAAAUUAUAUCUCAAAUUGUCAAGAAGGUAGAGCUUAAAAGGGAUUGUAACCAUAAUGAUGGAAAAUUUGUCAUAAUGCAUAUAUAACUUCUCUGAAAAGUGUAUCAUAAAUACAAGCAAUUGGCUAGUUGAAUGUACACCUGAUUGGCUUUAGCUGUAUGUUAGAGAGAGAUUGGAGAAUGAAUGUGUUACAUAGUGCGAGCAUUUGAUGGAAUGAAUGAAGAAAGGGAGAAAGAACGCAUGAAAAUAUCAGUAGCUAUGGCUUAGGAUGGCUUGUCUGAUGAAGCCCCAACCUUUGACCUUGUUAGCACUGAUUGUAACACUACAUGUGUAUUUUAUUCUCUUCUCUGAUAAAUAAAUGAAAUUUGAUAACAAUAUAUAAA